CUUUUCCUGUGCUGUGGGGGCCAUGUGAGGUCUUGGCUGUGGUCAAGAGAGUUGGAUCUCGGCUCCUUUCUGCUGAAUGGAGGCCAACAGGGUUAGUGAUCCUCACCCCUCUCUCACCUGUCCUAGUUCCUCUUCCCACCAUUUUUUUUGACAAGGACUAGAACUAUCAACACAUCCGACUUGAGACCUAUGGAUUGGAUCUUUUCGAGGCACUGCUUUCAGGUUUUGGACAUUUUUUUUUACCGUCUCUGAUCUAUUCCCCCCCCACCCCUUUGGUGACUGACUGGGAAAAAAUGGCUCUGGGAGUUCUAAAUCCACAGAUGAAAAGUUCCCCCCGGGAGAGUGAAUGUUUUGACAAUAGUUCCACAGAGGAAAAGGAACCUCCACUUAAAAGCUACCUUCUUUUAACUAUGCUUACCUGUUUGUGUCCUGCCUACCCUGUCAACAUUGUUGCUCUGGUCUGCUCUGUUAUGUCUAGGAGCAGCUACUACAAUGGUGACUAUGAUGGGUCCAGGCGGUUAGGCAAGAACGCUCUUUAUGUCGCCAUUGCCUCCAUCAUCAUCGGCCUCCUCAUCAUUGCCAUCAUCUGCACUGUCCAUUUUACCGCUAUGAAUCAUUAGCACCGAGGGAACAAGAGAGAGAGAGAGACACUUUCGGGAUAUUUGAACGAGACAUAAUAAACUGCUGAUCGCCGGAUAAGCUCAGAUGAAUGGUUCAAAUGAACUGGAUAGACGACAUUCAUGUUUACUUGUGCUCCCUCACAUCUCAUCCUGUUAUGUUUCCUCCUCGCCAUGUAGACAAAUGAGGACUUCUGAAUAUUCUA